AUGUCGUCUUUACGAAACGCGGUCGCCAGGCGGCCGCACCGUGAGCGUGCCCAGCCGCUCGAGCGGCGCCGUCUCGGUCUGCUCGAAAAACACAAGGACUAUUCCCUUCGAGCCAGGGACUUCAACAAGAAGAAAGAACAGCUGAAAAGCCUGCGGCAAAAGGCGGCGGACCGCAACGAGGACGAGUUCUACUUUGGCAUGCUGUCGCGCAAGGGCCCCGGGUCGCGGAUCAACAACGGCAAGAGCUGGGACGGCACGGUCGAAGGCGACCGGGGCAACAAGUCGCUGUCGGUGGAGGCUGUGCGGCUUUUUAAGACGCAGGACAUGGGCUACGUUCGGACCAUGCGGCAGGUCAUCGCAAAGGAGGUUGCGAGGCUGGAGGAGCAGGUCGUCCUGACGAGGGGGCUGGACCAUCUUGACGAGGAGGAGGAGGAGGAAGAGGAGGAAGAUGACAAGGAGGGCCUGGCUGUGCGGAGAAAGGCCAAGGCCACGGCGCCGAGGAAGAUUGUUUUUGUGGAUAGCGAGGAGGACCGGGAAGCUGCUGCGCAAGGGGGACGGGCGGCGGAGCCGGAGGGGCGCAGCAUCGAGGACGGGGGCGAGAACGAGGACGAGGACGAGGACGAGGACGAUGACGUGGACGAGGAUGGUGCGGAGGUUACGCGAGCCAAGUGGUUGCGGCGGCUGAAGCGGCAGCUCGAAAAUGCGAAGCAGAAGCUCAAGGCGCUGGGGGACGCAGAGGUGGCUCUGGACGUGCAGCGUGCCAAGAUGGCCAAGACGGCAACAUCGGGCGGGUACACUCGGAGGGGCAAGAAGAUUAUGGUUCGGACGAGGAAGCGGUAG